UUUACUAAUUGCUUUUAUUAUUAAAAUACGACAAAUAAAAUCAAUUUAAAAACAAUAUGGAAAAGCUGGAAGCCUUAAAAAUUUCCUCCAUGAGACCACGCACCAAUAUAUUAGAUAGACCUUUGUCCAAGGGUAAAUCUGAGGUGUCUCAAAGCAUAGUGGCUCUGCUGUUUAGUGAAAUAGUGCAAUACAGUCAAAGCAAAGUGCAUACCGUGCCAGAAUUGCAAAAUAGACUCCAUGAAAUGGGCCAAGAUGUGGGAGCACGUAUUAUUGAUUUGUACUUCAUGCGAGAACGUAGCUCAAAAAGAGAAACAAAAUUGACACAAAUGUUGCUGUUUGUUAAAACCACCGUCUGGAAGAAUUUGUUUGGCAAAGAAGCGGAAAAAUUGGAAAAAGUAGAUGAUGAACGUACCUAUUAUAUUAUAGAAAAGCAGCCUUUGGUCAAUACCUUCAUAAGUGUGCCCAAAGAUAAGGGCACCUUAAAUUGUGCCAACUUCACUGCGGGCAUAGUAGAGGCAGUUUUGACACAUUGUGGUUUUCCUUGCAAAGUAACUGCUCAUUGGCACAACGGCACCACUUAUAUGGUAAAAUUUGAAGACUUUGUUAUUGCCCGCGACAAGCAAUUGGAAGACAAAUAAAACUCUAGUACUGUUAUUUACUAUAGAUAUUAAAACAUAAUUAAACUAUA